AUGGCAGCGAGCACCUCCUCCUCGGUUAGAAAAGUCAGCUACCGACCUCCUCGAACUGAGCGAAACUUAUUGAAUCAAACUAGUCUCUCUCUCCGGGAGAAAAGUUUUGGUUUGAUAUUUGGACGGAGUGGGAGUGGAAAUACCACACUUUUACAUCUUUUGGCCGGUCUAUCAGAACCUACCUCUGGUUCAAUUUGCAUUCAGAAGUAUGAUGAUAGUGGAAAUCCAAUGGGUCUGUCGGAAGUGUUAGCUCCUGAAAGAGUUGGUAUUAUAUUUCAGUUUCCUGAGAGGUACUUCUUAUCAGAUACUAUACUUGAAGAAGUUACUUUUGGAUGGCCAAGGCAAAAGGCAGACAUUCCUUUGAGGGAGGAACUCACUUUAAAACUUCAGAAUGCCAUUAACUCUGUUGGUCAAAGUGCCAUUUCAUUGGAUAAGGAUCCACAGUCUCUCAGUGGUGGAUUUAAGCGGCGACUUGCUUUGGCAAUUCAACUGGUUCAAACUCCUGAUUUAUUGUUGCUUGAUGAGCCCCUCGCUGGACUUGAUUGGAAAGCUCGGGCUGAUGUUAUGAAUCUCCUGAGGGACCUAAAGAAAGACCACACCAUACUGGUUGUAAGUCAUGACCUAAGAGAACUAUACCCGCUGGUAGACCGGUCAUGGAGAAUGGAAAUGGGGGGUGUUUUGAAGGAGGAACCUUUACCUGUAUAGUUUAACAUUUUUAUUCCUCGGAAAAUUGAUAACGUUUUUUUUGUGUGUGUGCAGCUGGAAUGCUGACCCAUUUGUUGUUGCAGUGAACAGGCUCAUAGCUAGCUAGGGAUCCUAAUGUAAUGUUUGUAAUGGUACAAGGCAAGUUGCAAAAUCUAUUGAGAGUGACUCCACA